UCUCUGCCUUUCCAGAGUUCAAAAUUUGGCUGAUUUCUGGUAGUUCUUAGGAGUUUCAUCAAUGGCGAAAGUGAAGCAUUCUCGGCUGCAAUUCAAGAAAUUGUCAACGCUAAAGUUGGUUUUGUUCAUGCUAACAGUUGUUCUUUUAAUGUUUUUGGCUAUGGGGAUUUUCUUUCCUCCAAUAGGCGACGACAGUGAUUCUCCGCCAAAUGGUCUCAGCUUCUACAGGCGCCACACCAUUGAAAAACAUAAUAAGAUGGAGGAGGUUAGAGAGCAAUGGACUGAAGUCAUUUCUUGGGAGCCUAGAGCUUUCAUUUAUCAUAAUUUCUUGUCCAAGGCAGAAUGUGACUACCUGAUAAAUCUUGCUAAACCACACAUGGUAGCAUCAGCUGUUGUUGAUAGCGAGACUGGUCAGAGUAAACAUAGCAGGGUGCGUACAAGCUCUGGUAUGUUUCUAAGGAGAGGGCAAGAUAAAAUUAUUCGGAAUAUUGAAAAGCGGAUUGCAGACUUCACUUUCAUUCCUGUUGAGAAUGGAGAAGGACUUCAUGUCAUCCACUAUGAAGUUGGACAGCAAUAUGAGCCUCAUUAUGAUUACUUCCUUGAUAAGUUCAACAUUAAGAAUGGAGGGCAGCGGAUGGCCACUCUUCUUAUGUAUUUGUCAGAUGUUGAAGAAGGGGGUGAGACAGUGUUUCCUCAUACCAAAGCAAAUUUCAGUUCUGUGCCAUGGUGGAAUGAGUUGUCUGAAUGUGGAAAACAAGGUCUCUCGUUAAAACCAAAAAUGGGUGAUGCAUUAUUGUUUUGGAGCAUGAGGCCUAAUGCCACAGUAGAUCCUUCAAGUUUGCAUGGUGCUUGUCCUGUAAUCAGAGGGAGCAAAUGGUCAUGUACAAAGUGGAUGCAUGUCAAUGAGUACAACAUCUGAGCUAUUAUUUGUAAAGGACUUAGAAGACAUCAUUGUCUCAGGAGGGUCAUUGCUUUUAGUUUGUGUGGUUAAUGGAGCAUUCUGGCGUGGCCCUCCUAACUACCAUUUAAACAUUACAAUUGAGGUGACAUGAUUCUGCAUAUGACUGGCCUUUUUUUCUUUUUUAAAAAAAAUCUUUAUACAUGCCAUUUAGGCUGAGAGAAGUCGUCCUUCAUUUGGAAAAUAAAAUGUGGUUCAGAGGAUGUGAUCUGUUGCAACUGAUGUGUUGACAGAUUACUGAAAACAAACCAAAAAAAUUCUGAACCACUUGAUAUAUACUUCCUGAUUAAUACUAUAGUACACACAUUUUCUUACAUACACAAACAAGUUGACAAAUUAUCAUCGCAUAAUUAAUGCUUAUUGAUCUUGUUAUGUGUGUA